UUUUCUCGUAGAUUCACCGGUCAUCUGCCACACACACGAAAACGGACUUGCCAUCUCCACCAGGACACCGUCGGAACCUUUCCAUGAGGCGCCAUUUGUCCGGUUGCAAAUGGAUGCCGUCGAAAUGCCUCACCACUGACCUCACCUGCCACUUUUUUUCCCUCCAUUGUCCGGGUGCCCUGCCAGAGCGUCCUCCUCCUCCUGGACACAAGCACCCCCGGCCAACGCCCGCCACCUGGCCUCUCCAGCCUCCGCAUUACAAAAGGCCCGCCAUGCCACGGUGAGAGCUUGGGUGUGUGGUGCAUGCAGCUGCGGCCGUGUGUGCGCCGGUGCUCCUCUCGCCUUCGCGUAGCUACACUACACACACGCUCGUGGCCUCGUGCGGGCGUCCUCGCCCCUCCUCCCACGCGCGGCCACAAAGAGCCGCCACGGGCAGGUUGCAGUCUUGGCGCCGCCGCCGCGUCGGGACUCGCGAUUUGGAGCUUCCUCAAACCAGUGGCCGGUCACCCGCCACAGGGGGGAGGGCUAGUUUUGUAGUGCUCGGCUCGUGCCCUGCAGCCAACGGACAAAACUAACAGAGCCCUCGUCUCCUAGACCCAACUCUGUCCAGUGUCCAGUCCCCUCCCGCCUCUCCUCUCUGUCGAUCACUCUAUAUAGCCCUGCUCACCAGCUUUUCAGCUCCAUCCAUCCGUGCCCUUCCAUUGCGAUCGCGAUCAAUCAAUCUCGCCGCGUUCCAAACAUGAUGUCCACCAGCCGCGCGGUGACGUCGCCGGCGUGCGCGGCUGCUUGGCGACGGCGACGGCAGCAGCACGACCGGUGGUCCGCGUCGGACGCGCCGGGCCGCGCGGGCACGGCGACGUUCGUGGCCAAGGUCGGGCGCGGGAGGCGGGUCCGCGGCGCGGCGCCGUGCUCCGUGCGCGCCGCGGGCUCCGACACCAUUGGCUGCCUCGAGGCCGAGCCGUGGGGCGCCGUCGCGCCCGCGCGCCCACCCGCGCUGGCGCUGCCGGGCCUGCAGGUGGCGGCGCCGGCGCCCGGCGACGCGCUCGCCGUGCCGUCCGAGCAGAGGGUGCACGAGGUCGUGCUCAAGCAGGCGGCGCUCGCGGCCGCGGCGCCGAGGGCGGCGCGGAUUGGGCCGGAGCCCAUGGCCGGCGGGCUGAAGGCGGCAUUCGACCGCUGCGGGGAGGUCUGCAAGGAGUACGCCAAGACAUUCUACCUGGCGACGCAGCUGAUGACGCCGGAGAGGAGGAGGGCGAUCUGGGCGAUAUACGUGUGGUGCAGGAGGACGGACGAGCUCGUUGACGGGCCUAACGCGUCCCACAUCUCGGCCCUGGCGCUGGACCGCUGGGAAUCGCGGCUGGAGGACAUCUUCGCCGGCCGGCCCUACGACAUGCUCGACGCCGCCCUCUCCGACACCGUCGCCAACUUCCCCGUCGACAUCCAGCCGUUCAGGGACAUGAUCGAGGGGAUGCGCAUGGACCUGAGGAAGUCCCGGUACCGGACCUUCGACGAGCUGUACCUCUACUGCUACUACGUCGCCGGCACCGUGGGCCUCAUGAGCGUCCCGGUGAUGGGCAUCUCGCCGGAAUCCAGGGCGGCCACCGAGACGGUCUGCAAGGGGGCGCUGGCCCUCGGCCUGGCCAACCAGCUCACCAACAUCCUCAGGGACGUCGGCGAGGAUGCGAGGAGGGGAAGGAUCUACCUCCCACAGGACGAGCUGGAGAUGGCGGGGCUCUCGGAAGCCGACAUCUUCAACGGCCGCGUCACCGACGGAUGGAAAGGCUUCAUGCGGGACCAGAUCACGAGGGCGAGAUCGUUCUUCAGGCAGGCCGAGGAAGGUGCCACCGAGCUCAACCAGGAGAGCCGAUGGCCGGUGUGGGCUUCUCUGCUUCUGUACCGACAGAUCCUGGACGAGAUCGAGGCGAACGACUACGACAACUUCACCAAGAGGGCAUACGUUCCCAAGACGAAGAAGCUGAUGGCGCUGCCCAAGGCUUACCUGAGAUCGCUGAUGCCCCCCUCUUCUCUGACCCAGAGCCAGAGACACUACUCCAGCCUAACAUAGAAGGGCUGUGGGUCUCUGUCACCCGGUCACAUAUGGUACACAGCAGUGGAUGAUGUUCAAAUUUCUGGUCAGGCCACAUGAGACACAUGCAUGAUUCACAUGUGGUUCGUAUAUUUUGCCAUGUACAAAGCACUGGAUAAUGUAUAAGUACAUACUAAAAAGGAAUACGUAGAGUAGAAAUGUGAAAUAAAAUAUAGUAGUGGGCGACCUUGCUUCUUGCUCAUGCUGCAGGUGCUUUGAUUGACCGAA